AUGUCUUCCGACCCUAGAGACUGCACAGGGCUAGCCAGUCCAUAUGUAGUUGAGUUUGUAGAAGCAGUCAAGCUAGCUCUGCACGAGGCAGUGAAUGACAGUGAAGUGGCGAGAGAGCUGGUUUCUGGCUUGGAGAUCCACGACACCUGCUUCAUGGCACAGGCAGCGUUCGAUGCUGCUGUGUCCCUGGCGAAAAGAUCCAACCUGGCCAGCUUGCAAUGCCUUGGCGGAACUAAGGGUUACGGCGGAAUUUUCCCAACAGGAGAUGAAGAGAUACUGGGGUCUGUGAUCGGUCCUGGCCUCAGCUUAGAAGUGGAGACUGCGUCGUCUGUUCUAAACAGCUUUCAAGUACCACACAUAUCGUACUGGUCGACUUCCGACGUGUUCACACUCAAAACUGACUUUCCGUACCUGAUUCGGACAACCACGGCGGACAUGAACCAAGCCUACGCCAUGCACGCCAUCCUGAGGUACUUUAACUGGACGUACGUAUCCAUGCUAUGGGAGGACGUGACCAGCAGCCGUACCAACCUGGCAGAUCAUGUGCGUGUGCUGGCCGGUCGCGACGGCUACCACGUUUGCUUUGCCCAGGACGCCGGAUUUCACUACUCCGACAAGCGGCGGAUUCGGUAUCUGAUUCUCCAGUGGUACAAUGCGUCGCGUGACGGCUCUCCCACGCUGCAGGCACCCACUGUUGUGCUGCUGCUGCUCGGAGGCAAGUAUCUGAGAGCGGUGUUUGAUGGUCUGGAGCAGCUUGCAAAGACAAGUUCUGACUUUGCCCACUGGCUUAAGCACAGGCACUUUGUGUGGAUUGCCAGCGAUAGCUGGAUAGCGGAGGCACCGCAGCUCGUGCACUACAUGAAGCGUUCCAUUCCAAUGGGUAGCCACACUGUCCUCGGCACCACUCUACAAGUUCCUGAGUCUCUAGUGGAAGCGGAGACCUUCCAGGAUCGCCUUCUCCAGCACUUUUCCAGGACGUAUCCCACGAGAGACACGAUUGCCCAGAACCCCUGGUUGGGUCGCGUGUGGCAAGAGCAGUUUGACUGCCGGCUGCCCUUCGUGAGCUGCCAACCGGGACAAUGGUGCCACCAGCGUCGCACCUGCAACACCACCAAGUCCUUCGCCGAGGCGCUGUACAUGCGACGGGAGAAUUUCUCCACACCAAUCGCAUCCGGCGGGCUAUGGAUGGCCGUGAAGACCUCUGUAUGGCUGCUGGAGAGGAUGCAGGCAUACAUGCAGGCCCAGGCUGAUGCCGGUGAGCCAGUACCGUAUAGGCAAGCUAUCAGGACAGUGCUGAGACAAGGAGAUUGGGGUUGUAAGAACGUCAGUGGUCGUCUGCAGAACUGUGGCUUGUUUGAGGAGAAUCAUGACGUGCUGCCGACAUUCAGAAUCCAGGGGGUUGUGCGUAAUGAUGAUGGUGAAUGGGUGCUCCGGACACUGGCACGAUGGCAGCGUCGUGCAGCAGAGAAUGCCAACGGACCAGACUCGCUGUCAAGUGAGGACCUUGGCCUGGAGAGAUUCUACAGAACAUUGUGGGCAAACGGUGCCACGGAAGUGCCAUUGUCAAUCUGCAGCGCAACGUGUAACAACGGAAGCAUCCAGGCUCCUGUUCAGGCUCGUAAGAACGAGCUUCGCCGUCCCGGACUGUGCUGCUGGUCAUGCCAGUCGUGCACCAACAACCAGUAUCACGACAAGAAGGAGGGGAACGUGUGCCGGCCAUGCCCAUCUGGCACUAUAGCAGUGGAUGAGAAUACUCGAUGCUGGUCACCUGAUGCCUUCUACUUUGAUCUGAUGUCCGUGCCGUCCAUAGCCGCCAUUUCCCUCUCCGCACUGGUCAUGCUGCUCCUGCUGGCGACGACAGUGGUCUAUUACCGUCACCGGAAUAGCAAAGUGAUCACGGCUGCAGAAAUCCAAUCCAGCGCCGUGCUAAUUGUGUCAGGCUUUCUGGGACUGGCAGCCACGUUUCUACUCUUCUUUGAGCCAGUCCACCAUCUGUGCGUGAUACGCAACAUCUUGCUGUCGGCUAACUUCUCACUGUCGCUCACCACGCUAAUCCUGCGAAUGCUGCGCCACAUAUUCCUGUCGGAUCAGAAUAAAGUGCCAAAGUUCCUGUGCAAACUUGCCAGCGCCAUGACGUGCACUGUACGCCGGCAACUCACGGUCCUGGCCGUUGCUCAGGUUGUAUCACUUCCUGGUGUUGCUAUCUACUGUAUCUUCCUUGCUGCGGCCUCGUCACAAGUUCAGGUGGAGGAGCUACGUAAGGACAUCUUCUGCGUCAACAAUGGCAAAGACAUGCUGUACGCAAUGCCCGUAAUGGCAGCGCUGGUGUUGGCCCUGGCCAUCCCUGCCUUCACUGCACGCAAAGUAAAGAUCGCGCAAACAAUCCUGCUGACUAAGCUGCCCAACGAAGCACAACUGAUGACCUUCGCAGCAUGCUUGCUGAUAUGUAUUUGGGCCUCCCUGAUGCCUAUCUCGUACAUAUCUAGCGGAAUACUGGCCCCUGUGGUUACAAGCAUCGCUGUCAUUACGCACCACUUUGCCAUCUGGGGAGCGCUUUUUGCUCCGCGGCUGUUCCUGAUCUUGAAAGGCAGCCCAUUGGAGUCGCAGUCCAAACUCCGCCGGGAAAUGAUACGAGUUGCAAACCUCAGCAUGGCCCGGGCAAUGGAUGCAUCAACCCUUGACCGAGAAAACCGCGGCAGGUCUGAGCUCUUCACACACGCCACUGAUCUGUCCUUCUCCGCAGCAUUACGUCCUAUCAGCUCAACACCAAGCGGCUCCACCUCGACAGCGGAGAGAAUUUCGGUCGAUCAAGAACAGCUACGGUCGAGCGGUGAGCCACCACUUUACAAGAGACUGAGCCGGGGCCUUUCCGUUCAGUCUGAAAGAUUGCCAGUUCUUGCACAUGUAGACUCUACAGAAAAGCCGCCUCCGGAAAUGAUUGACACUGGUUUACAGGUAGGACCGCGUCAUCAUGUAGACUCUACUGGAAAGCCGCCCCCAGAAACGGGAAUGGUUGACACUGUUAUACAGUUAGGACCACGUCAUCUUAUGGUGUCAUCUCUAUAG